AUGCUUAAAGCGCGGAAGGUUCCUUUUGCAUUAAAAGACAAGAUUGAAGCUGAAUUGGACAGGCUGAUAGCGCAGGGUGUUUUAGAGCCAAUUACACACCCAAAAUGGUGCACCCCAAUUGUGACCGUUUGCAAAGAAAACGGAGAGGUUCGGAUCUGCGGCGAUUACAAAUCUACAUUGAACUUAGCGCUAAAUCCAGAACCUUAUCCAGUACCAGCGGUACAGAAUAUCUUAUCCACUCUCGCGGGCGGUAAAGUGUUUGCAAAACUAGACAUGGCGCAAGCAUAUCUGCAGUUAAGUGUCAACCGCGAAGCUGCGGAGACACAAACAAUUAUUACGCAUAAGGGAGCUUUUAAAUACAAUCGUUUACAGUUCGGUAUAUCCGUGGCUCCACAAAUUUUUCAAAAAUUAAUAGACACUAGAUUAACGGGUAUUUCGGGUGUACUACCGUAUUACGAUGACAUUUUAAUAGUAGGUCGCUCAGAAAUAGACUUAGACUCAAAAGUGCGCGCAGUAUUAUCGCGUUUCCAGGAAGACAUUUCCAGGCUGCAUUUGCGUAAGGAAAAGUGUGUUUUUCGAACAAAGACAAUAGAGUUUCUCGGGUUUCAAAUUAGUGAAUACGGGUUACGUCCCACUAAAGACAAAAUCGCGGCCAUCACAAAUGCGCCUGCUCCGACUAAUAAAACCGAAUUACAAGCCUUUCUUGGACUUUUAAAUUUUUAUCAUGCUUUCCUAAAAGACAAGGCAACUAUUGCAAAUCCGUUACAUGCACUGCUCCGAAAGAACGUUCCUUGGCAGUGGCGUUUCAAGGAACAAAAAGCUUUUGACUUAUUAAAAGACAUUUUGGCAAAAGAACCGGUGUUGGGACAUUGCAGUGAACGGAAGGAUCUAUUUUUGACGUGUGAUGCUAGCGAUGAUGAGGGACGCGAAUAUCCAGUGGCGUACCAUAGUCGUGAAUGA